CUACGCUGACACUUGAUUCCUUGCCUACAUCUAGGUUGGCACAGAGAGACAUACAUACCCUGAAGAGUGAGGGUGAAACACACAGCACCGUUCACCAGAUGGUAGAUGGCCCUUCUUCAGGCCAAUAAGGAUCUCAUUUCCACAGGAAUGAAGGAAUUUAGUAUUCUGCUGAAUCAGCAGGACAUGCGUGAUAAUCCUAUCCCUGAAGAAGCCAUGGUAAUUGUGGUGAAUGACUGGAUGAGCUUCUACAUCAACUAUUACAGGCAGAAGAUGACUGGGGAGCAGCAAGAGCAGGAUAGGGCUCUGCAGGAACUUCAACAAGGGCUGAACACUCUGGCCAACCCUUUCCUGACCAAAUAUAGAGACUUCCUGAAGACCCUGUGAGCAUCCAAAUGGCCCACUGUUUUCCUCCUAGCCCAGCGAUCUAGGCCUUCACCUCUAAGAAACCCCCAAAUCCUGGCUUUAUGUUCUCCAUGUCCUCAGGCUGUGCUCCUUCAUGGCGCUACUCUACCAUCACACCUCAAUAAAGACA